GAAGAAGAGUGAGUACGGAGGCCGAGAGGAGAGCUGACACAGUGUGCAAUCAUUCUACAAGGAAGAUUCGUCUAGCUUCUCUAUAGUGAUAUGGAGGAUGACGCUCCUGUGAUCUACGGCCUGGAAUUUCAGGCCCGAGCCCUCUCCGCUCAAACAGCAGAAACAGAUGCCAUCAGAUUUUUGGUUGGAACGCAGUCUCUGAGAUAUGACAACCAGAUCCAUGUUAUAGACUUUGAUGAUGAGAAUAAUAUUAUCAAUAAGAAUGUUCUACUGCACCAUGCGGGGGAAAUCUGGCAAAUCGGCGCUAGCCCAGCAGACAGGAAUGUGCUUGCAACCUGCUACAGUAACACUUCAGACAGCAAAGUCACGUCUUGUGCGGCUGUGUGGAGGAUACCGAAGGAACUGCAGGCAGGAAACCAGGAGGUCCCUGAUGAUUCAUCAAACAACACCCAAACCUUGGAGCUUCUCUGUCGCCUCGACAAUGAUUCCCAUAGCAGCGUGGCCUGUGUUACCUGGGAACCUCUAGGUGAUGGUAAGAAAGUGAUGUCUCUGGGUGACAGCAAUCUUAUGAUCUGGGACUUACAAGAAAGCUCUAGUAAAGCUGUGCUCUCAAAUUCUGCCACACUAGAAGGCAAAGGGCAGCUGAAGUUUACCUCUGGGCGAUGGAGCCCUCAUCACAAUUGUACCCAGGUGGCCACCGCCAAUGACACCGCCAUCCGAGGCUGGGACAUUAGAACUAUGAGGCAGAUCUACUGCAUCGACAAUGCCCAUGGACAGCUGGUUCGAGACCUCGACUUCAAUCCCAACAAACAGUACUACUUGGCCAGUUGCGGGGAUGAUUGCAAAGUGAAGUUCUGGGAUACCAGAAAUGUUAAUGAACCAGUCAAAACACUGGAGGAACAUUCUCAUUGGGUUUGGAGCGUCCGAUACAAUCACUCCCAUGACCAGCUGGUCUUAACAGGCAGCAGCGACAGCAGGGUAAUCCUGUCAAACAUGGUCUCCAUUUCAUCUGAGCCAUUUGGACAUCUCGUUGAUGAUGAAGAUUUGAGUGAUCAAGAGGAUAGUCAGCAUGAAGAAAAAACAAAAGAGCCACUCCAGGACAGUAUAAUAGCUACCUAUGAAGAACACGAAGACAGCGUGUAUGCCGUGGAAUGGUCCUCUGCAGACCCCUGGCUCUUUGCUUCCUUAAGUUAUGAUGGAAGGCUGGUUAUUAACAGAGUCCCAAGAGCACUCAAAUAUAACAUACUGCUGUAAUUUCUGCCUUCGUCCGAGCUGAAGUGAUUGCAUGGCACUGAUGGCUUAUUUCCUGUAAUUUGGAGGCUUGAGUGCUGGAUAUCUGCAAUGUGUUAUUAUAUUUGUUUAUUGUAAGCUUUGUCAUAACUGACCAAAUCUCGGGGCCACAGCUGACCUCUUUAUAUUGUUCUGUUUGGGCACUGUCAUGCUGUAUUUAAAUGAAAUAGAUGUCAGCCUGUGUUAAUGAUUUAGACAUCUGUGGGUGCAGUGCAGAGCUGUUCUCAUUUUAUAAUGGAAACGCUGUGUAGAUCAUAGCUGUGUACAGUGGUAGUGCAGCAUUCAGCAUCGUUGUCUUACAGUUAUGAGAUCCUUGGACUGAUAAUUUUGGGUCAAGGCACAAAAAUACUUAAGCCUUAAAUACAUGGAUCAAUGCUGAACCAGCUGAAUAUUGAUCCAUGUAUGGGCACUGCCAUUCUGGUUGUACAGAAGUCGAUCUACUGGUCGACUACUUUAUACCUGCCUUUCUGGGUUUUCCCGACUCAAUCAGCACUGCAGGCUAUGGCCUGCAUCACUGGUCGGUGCAUUCUGACACUAGGGAAGUCUCCCCGCUGUCAAAAUACAAUAGCUUAGCUGUGUGGAUGGGGAAUCGAGUCAGUUUUUUCCGUUUAACCCACUGGUUGAAUGAAAAAACAAACUCUUCAAUGGGCUGCUUUAGACUCACUGGAAAUCCAUCAAGUUAUUAAAGAGACUAGAUGGCUCAUUUUACACAAUAGCGAACUGGUAUAAGAGCUCAUGCACACAGGCUAUUGGACCGUAUAAUGUAAAAUAUAGUCAUGUUUUUGUGCCUGAGAGCCAAAAGUGAGCAUAUGCAUAAUAAUGCUUGGAGCUCCGUAUAUCCAUGUACAACUGUAUGCUGUAAAUAUUUGUACACGUGGCUAUAUGCAACACCUGUGGCUCCGGGCAUUGAAAUACAGCCAUAUUUUAUGUUAUACAGCCCAAUAAGUCCAUGUUUAUGAGCCCUAAAACUGUACAUUGGGUGAGAAGUGACUAAAAUCACUGGGCUAGAUCCACAAAGAAAUUACACCAGCGUAUCUAUUGAUACGCCGCGUAGUUUCAAAAUUCCCGUGUCGUAUCUUU